ACGGUUUCAUAUUUCAAUGGUAAAAUUUAGCAUUUUUAAAGUGAGAGUGCUGGCACAUUUGCGAAGUAACGGGUUUAUUUUAUUAGUACCUUGUAGAAUUAAUUGUACUGUCCAUUUCCUUCACCUUUUGCUGUUUGGCGAGUGCUUCUUAACAAUUAAAAUUCUUGUUUAUUAGGUUCAUAUCGAUUUUGCAAUUUGAACACACGUUCUUUUGUAGACUCGGUUCCUUUAGUUUCGGACUUGUACUCCCCGGCCGAUUGUGUUGCCGAACCAUAAAUAUUUUAUGCUGCAACGGCUGUGUGCGUGGCCCCUUGUUCGCUUGGUUUUCUCUUAAGUGACACCGGUUUACUGAGAGAUACUAAUGCAAAAAACAGAGUAUUAGUUGCGCAUUAGAAGGAGUCAUAACCAUUACCAUCUGUCACCCUAUGAGACUAGGGACCACAUUUGCUUUUCAUUGCUUCGGUAUUCCUUGGCGAGCCUAGUAAACAUUGUUUUGUUUCUUAACCUAUUCUUCCUCGAUUUUCUGUGACUGGCCGUCCGGUCGCCACCAUGGAUAGCGUUCCGGUAAUUCGAUCUCGUUGACGCAACCUCGAUUCUUUGGCACGGGCCAUACGGCCAUCACCACAGAUAUAGUUCGGUUGUUCUUUCUACUGGCGGCGUACCGUCGACUAGGUUGGCAAGAGUGGCGUUUUCCCUCUAAUUUUUUGUGCCCGCUUAGCCUUUUAAUAAAACUGGUUGUCUGAAUCGUCCGGCAUUUUGUACCCUAGCUUUUGAAGCUUGGGGUUGUGGCAGAUUUUCUUUUGUGUGACCGAUUUCUUUUUGAGCCGGUAGUGCUACCCCAAUAAGAGGGGGAUAUGUAAAUUGGUCACUAAUUUAUGAUUUCCCAUACUUUUGGAUCUAUUUGGAGUUUGGAAUGGGAAUCUUCCUCAACGAGGGAUUUUGAAAAGAAUUGUCAUUGCCCCAUAUUUCCAGAAAACCCUCGAAUCGAGUAUUGUACGUAUUGUUGCUCCGUUUCCCGCAAACCUUCCACGUGGUUUCUUCUUUCACCGGAAUACCAGACCAGACUUGGUGUCUUGCAGUGUAUGCUGUCUCUUGGGUACAUGUUUAGUUGUGGAGUUUCCCCUAUCGAGUAGCCGGCUUUCCGGACGGACUUUGCUGGGUUAACUGAGACUGCCCACCUGCGGCUGUCUCAUUGAGCCACCAUUCCAUCUUGGCUUGGUUCCCGGGAUAGUGACAGACAGCUGUGUAACGUUCGGGACAUCUUGAGGUUUGGGUAGCUUAAGUGGCCUGUUCUCUUCAAGAACGGUUUGCGGAACUUAUAGCCUUAAAUUAUAGUGUCUUAUAUUCUUUUGCACCGCCAAAACUUGAAGGUGAGAUUUGACACUCACACCUACCACCAGGUUGAAGGAAAUAAAUUAUUGUUCGUGAUUCACUUGUUUAUUUCCUUUACGGGUUGGUACCUCGGGUUGAUAAGUCUACCUUUUUCGAAUCACUUGGCGCCUACCUACCACCUUCCGGGACUGACCGAGGUGCCCUUCACCGCCUUCCAACCUGGCUUUGGUUUAGUAUAUAUAUAUAUUUUUUUUCUUUUCUACUUUAUUAAUUUUUCUCGGUUGUUAAUGAGCUAGCCUAGGCAUUGUCUUACCUCACUAUUAAAUUACGAAUUUAAUUAAUUAAUGCGUUUCUUUUUCACGACCCUGAGAUGGAGAGGUAAGAAACUGGCGCCCAACUGAAUAUUUUUUUUGAGUGUUCAAAAUAUUUGAUUCUCUUCAAGUUUCGGUGGUUCUUUUAUAACAAGUUUGUAUAUAUUGCCGUUUUACUAUGCAAUGCAUUUCAUUUUUGCGGUUUAAUUAAUUAGUGUUCUACAUAUACAGUUGCGAUAUAUUGUUAUUUAUUAAUUUUUGAUUGUGUGAUAUUUGAAAGAUAUCCAUACCAGGUGGAUACAUUUUUUGGUAUAUAUCCCUUUACUUGUGGAGUGUAACUGUUGCUAUUUUUUUCAAAUCGGAGCACUGCGGAAUUUUUUUUUGUAUAUUCAAUAUCGGUAAAGUUGUAUUUAUGUUUGCAUUGGAAAACUAUUAUUGUUAAGAAUUUUUUUUUGGAGGUGUCAAAUUUCACAAAAUUCUAGUACUUGGCUGGUGGUUAUAACGGUGACUUCAAAAUUGAGGGAGCAGUGUGAUUGCAAUCCUCCGACCUCUUCUGUGAUUUGGAAAUUUAUUUAAAAGCUUUUGGAAGUAAUUACCGAUAGUUCUGUAUACUUUGCCACGUUUUCAGUUUAUUUUUCACGGAUCUUAUUUGAUUAUUACUAUUAUUAUUAUUUUCAAUUUGCGGCUUCUUUGAUCAGCCACAGGUGGCCUAGUGCAUCGCGAGUUGUGUGCGGGUGGUAUUGUGUUGGUCCAUUAUUUGGUUGCUUCUGUUGCGCUAUCGUUCUCCCGUUUUUCUUUUUCUAUUUUCCUUAUACCAGGAAGGGGUGGGGAAUUUAAUUAUUUAAAUUUUAAAUGGAGAUUAAUCGGCUUAGGAGUGAUGAAUUGACUUGGGAGUUAGCUGCUAGAGGUUGUGAUGUGGGGUCUACAGUGGAUGAAAAGAGAGCUCAGUUGCGGGAAGCAUUUCAGCGGAACAUUCGGGAGGAUAUUAACAUUCAUUUUGAGCCAUCUUCUGAAUUGGGCAUAUGUGCAUCUAAGUUGGAUGAAUUGGUGGGCCUUAUUCAAGAGUUUGAUGCGGAGAAUAGAGAGAAUGAAUUCAAGAAAAUUUACAGCAGGCUAAUGCAUGUCAAAAGCAGAUUGCACAGAGUGGUAGCUGAGGGUCAGGACUUGAAAUCAAAGAAACAAAACCUGAUGUUUUUAUUGAGUGGGUGUUUUGACGCCUUGCAGGACGCGAAUCACAUCGCCAGCCUUUGCCAGACUAGUGUUGGAGCAAUGUGCACACAAAAUGAAUUUAUUCAUCCGGAGAGAAUGGAUGCUCCUGUGGGUAAUUUGAUAGAUCUGGGAGGUGCAGCACCUGAUCAUAAUCCUACUUUGGAGAGGCCGGUAGACUCUGGAUUAUCACGAUCGCUCAAUAAUGAUGUAGAUUCCAACCUUACAGGGAACUCGUUUGGAGAUGCAAGGAGGCGAAUAACGGAAUUUGAAUUGCAGAAUUUAGCUCAAACAAUCAACCGUCGAGCCUGUACCCAGUUGGCCGAUCGGUUGGCCGCAUUUACAAUUUGUCCGAUUCCUUUUAUGACUGAGGAGGCAACUUCUAGUACUCGUCGAGUAUCAUUUGCGACUAAUCCUGACUCAAGCGCGGUACCAAUGAUCCAAACGUGCUCUCAAUCCGGAGGAAACAGUACUUCUAGGCCAAAUGGCAGCAUAUCGUUAAUUACAAACCCAGUGAGUCACAUUGGUGCACCGUCUCAUGCAGGCUUGUCUAAUGAGAGAGAUGUGCCUCGAUCCUCAGGAUCAUUCGUACCAAUACACAAAUGGAACGUUUUCUUUAAUGGUAGUGGCAGUGUCACUUCAUUUAUUGAAGAUAUAGAGCAUUUGGCGGAGUCAAGAGGAGUGACUGAAGAUCAGUUGUUCCAUUCAGCUUACGAAAUCUUGAGAGGAGAUGCACGAGAUUGGUAUACGCCCCGAAGGCGGUCGUUCCUUGACUGGCUCGAUUUAAGACAAAAGCUCCGCGAUGCAUUUCUGCCUCUGAACUACGACGAAGAUUUGUUGGACGAUAUUAAGAGACGUACUCAGGGUCAAGAUGAACGAUUGCUAUUAUAUGUUACAAGGAUGCAAAAUCUUUUUAUGAAAUUGUCUUCUAGCAAACCGUCCGAGAGCGAGCAAGUUAACAUUAUUAGAAGAAAUCUAUUACCACACUUACAGGUAGCCUUGAGCUUUCAAGAAAUCGCCACCAUCGAGAGUCUUUUGGAAAGGGGAAGAGCUGCCGAGGAGAUACACUGGCGCGCACAACAAUACUGUCCUCCACCUGCGCAUCCUCGUCUAGUGCAGGAACCUCAUUUGGCGUAUCGUCACCAAACUGCAAACCGUCCUGUUCAGGUCAGAGUGGUGGAGACGGCAGUCCAAAGUCCUAGAGCGCAGCCUCGCUGUGAUUUCCCAAGGAGACCAAUUGAGUGUUGGAAUUGCGGCCAGACGGGUCACAGACGAUUCAGUUGUCCUCAAUCACGUCGCUUACUUUGUUUUCGAUGCAAGCAGCCAGGUUAUACUAUUAGAAACUGUCCAGAGUGCUCAAAAAAACGAGACUCAGGGGAAUUAAGUGGUCGGUUAGUGUCCCCUGUGAAUGUUUCAACGACCGAUAAUGUACACACUUCUGCUUUUCUUCAGAAGCGAGCAUUGAUUGAUUACGUAAUAUCCCAUUCAAAUCAGGAUCAGAGACCGCAUAUAGAGGUUACCGUUUUGGGACAUCCCAUUCUGGGUUUGUUAGACUCUGGGAGUAGUGCCACUUUAGUUGGGAAGUCAGGUUAUAUGACAUUGAUGCAUUUAGGUUUGAAGUUGGAUACCUCUCGGAAAACGUUGUGCUCUGUUGCGAACGGAAAUACUUGUCGGAGUAUUGGAUCCGUAAAGACGCCAAUGUCCCUGAUGGGGAGGGUGUCUAUUAUAGAUGUUUUAGUGGUACCGGAGCUAUCAAAUAACUUAAUUUUGGGAACCGAUUUUUGGAUUUCAAUGGAUGUAGUACCGAAUUUGAAAAGGAACGAGUGGCGUUUUGGAGAAUACCCUAUGGUGGAGGUUUGUGGUAUUACGGACGAGAGCACUUUGACUGAGGACCAACGAGAAAGAUUGAACUCUUUAGUGGAUGAAAAAUUUGAAAGAAUGAGCAAAGGUUUGGGGUAUACUACAGUGGCGACUCAUGAGAUUGUCUUAGAGGAGAACGUUAAGCCCAUUAAACAGCGAUAUUAUCCCGUCUCACCCUUCAAGCAGAAGAUCCUUGAUGAAGAAGUUAAGAAAAUGCUUGAAAUGGACGUCAUCGAGCCUUCUAAGAGCGCUUGGUCUUCACCAGUACUUCUUGUGCCCAAAGAGGACAACGCCUAUCGAUUUUGUGUAGACUACAGGGCACUUAAUAAGGUUACUAAGAAAGACGCAUACCCUUUACCAUACGUUUCAUCAAUUUUGGACAGGCUGCGUGGAGCCAGAUAUUUAAGUUCCAUGGACAUUAAGUCGGCAUUUUGGCAAGUGGGAGUGAAGAAGGAGUGUCGAGAGUAUACCGCAUUUACAGUACCACAACGGGGACUUUUUCAGUUCAAGCGAAUGCCGUUCGGGCUUACUAACGCACCGGCAACUUGGCAGAGACUUAUCGAUGCCGUCCUUGGCUCAGAUUUAGAACAGUAUGUUUUGGUGUAUCUGGACGAUAUUAUAAUAAUUUCUCCCGACUUUGAAACGCAUUUAAUCAUUUUGGGUAAGGUAUUUGAUCGCCUAAUGAAAGCAGGUUUAACAUUAAGCCCUGGGAAGUGUAAGUUUUGUAUGCCCUUCCUUAAUUAUUUAGGAUUUGUAGUUGACUCUAAAGGUCUUCAUGUAGAUGUCAGAAAAGUUGAAGCCAUAAUGACGGUUCCUCCGCCCAAGAACAUUACAGAGAUUAGGAGAUUUCUAGGUAUGGCUGGUUGGUACCGAAGAUUUGUGCCAGAUUUUUCCACCCUGAUCGCGCCGUUAACCAAAUUGACCCACAAGAAUGCCUCUUUCGUCUGGGAUAGCAAUUGCGAGGCUGCCUUUAAUCAUAUUAAAAAUGCACUUGCCUCAGCUCCUAUAUUAACGUGUCCAGAUUUCUCGAAACCCUUUGUCCUUCAGACCGACGCUUCUGCUUAUGGACUUGGCGCUGUUCUGACCCAAGAAUCGGGCGACGGAGAAAAGGUAAUCUGUUUCUUGUCACGUUCGUUGACAAAACAGGAGCGUAAUUAUUCCACUACUGAGCGUGAGUGUUUAGGUGUCAUUUGGGCUGUCGAAAAACUGCGCAAUUAUCUUGAAGGGAGCCAUUUUACUAUUGUCACGGACCAUGCUUCACUCAUUUGGCUUAAUAACCUGAAAGACCCAACCGGAAGAUUGGCCAGAUGGGCUCUUCGUUUGCAACCCUAUGAUUUUGACAUCGUACACCGAAAAGGGAAAGAUAAUGUCGUUCCGGAUUUUCUUUCGAGAAGUGUCCUGAUCAACGUGGAAGUUUGCCUUUGGUCUUGUUAUGCCAGGUUGAUCUUGCGCGGCCGCGUGCGUCGGUUUCGCUUGGUGGUGGAGGUGUAA